UAUCGGAAACUAGUGGUGAAACGCAUGUCCGCGUGUUAGCGCGUCUGUCAUUUGUGUUUGAAAUCGAAACAAUGCCCCGAAAGUUUGCUGUGUUGCUGUCAAGCUGGUGUGCGUUUCCAAAGUGGCAAGAAGUGCUCGCGCGUUUUUCGACUGACACCUUCUAGCUUUUCAGUUUUUUUGUAACACUGUUUAAUUUAUUGUGCCCAUAGAAUAGUUCGUGCAGAGUACUUUCUCUAUACACAGUCAUCCGAAGCGCAGCGCUUGGAUAAAAGAUCAGGAAUAAUGGAACGUCAUUUUCAAUGAUGGUCCAGGUGGUGGCACCGUGCUGGCACGUGCGGCACAGACCAUCGAGUGUCAUUCGGCAACGGGACGUGUAGGACAAAGGACGUAAUUUUGCCUGUUCCUUUUGGACUGCUCCAUUUUCUGGCGAGCAGUUUGUUUGUUUGUUUGUUUGUUUUUUUUUCUUUUUUUUUUUUUUUUUUUUCAUUCGCGCAUUGUCAGUCAUCUUGGCGUUAGAUGCGGCGGCUUGGCGCCUUGUAGAGCGGCCAGCAUGUCUGAACUAGGGGAUGAACUGGAGACAACGAAGGCUGUCAUCCGCGCUCUGCUUAUUGCCGAUAAGCGACAGCUGACGGUGAGGAGUUUCCUGUUUGCAUUUAAGGAUAGCGAGGGGCACGAGUUGCCAUACACAAGGUUUGGCUUUGGGGACCCACUAAGUUUUCUUCGUAGUAUACCGGACACUGUGCAAUUGUCGCGAAUAGGCAGUGACUGCUACGUAAGUGCGACGGUGACGGAAGAGGUCGAGCAUGUCCAGAGACUGGUCAGAGGUCAAAAGGAAUCAAAUUGCAGGCCUUUACGCUAUCCACCGGCGUACAGACGGCCGAGCCCGUUUCCACCUGCCCAAACGACGUUGUCCUCUCCACCAUUACGUGUCCUGCCGACCCCCAGAUACAAUGAUGCGCUGGAGCAGGUGAAGACCAACUUGCGCAUACUUCUGGCCGACCACAUGACGAAUGGUAUCAACGUCCGCCAGCUUCAGGAUUUUUACACUAAGAGAUUUGGCAGCCGCAUGAACUACGCAUUCUUGGGCUACAGCACGUUCGAAGAGUUCCUCAUCGACAUGUCUGACGUUAUGUGCGCUGUACGCAACUCGACCGGGGCCGUGAAGGUGUUUCUCACCAAGAGAAGCAGGCUACCACUUCAUGCAGAUAUGGAGCCACGAAGGCUGGAUUCAUACCAAAGCAAUUCUACAGGGCAAUCACUCCGUUCAGAUAUGCACCCUACAGGCAUGGAGCCACAACAGCUGGAAGCUUUGCAAAGUAGGCCUACAAAGCGGUCACUCCAGCAUGACAUUCAUUCUGCAGGCAUGGCACCACAAAUACCGGAAUCAGGGCGAAGCAGGCCUACAGGUCACUCAUUCCACCCAGACACACGACCGGCAGGCAUGAAGCCACCAAUGCCAGAAUCAUGCCAAACUGAGCCUACAGAACCAUCAGUCCAUCCAGGCAUUCAGCCAAGAUGCAAACACCGACGAAAGCACGAACCAUUCCAAAGCGGGUUAAGCCCCCUACCAGAGCUGCCUUUGGAGCAUGAGGAGUCGCAAACCUGCCAAACUGAGUUUGACUUUGAUAUGCUAUGGCGGAGAAGAACCAUUACUCGAAGCAAUCCUGAACGUUGGGAGGCCUUGUGCGUCAUGAAUCCUCUACUUGAGACAAAUAUUCAGAAGGUUCUGGGACACCAUCCCGAGGGCGUAUGGCUAUCAAAGUUGUCAGAGUUGUACAAGGAAAUGAUAGGUGCCGAGCUAUGCCCUGCGGACUACGGCUACGAGAACAUGUGGGAUCUGAUACGAGACUUCAGACACGUGGUGUCGGUGCAACGACCAAUUGGUGAUGGAGACUUCAUGAUUGGUCUGCAUACCGUGCCCGGUCUGCAUACUGUGCCCACUAUGGAUAUGGGGAUGAUGAACACCUUGCACGCAUUAGUAAGGAUGAGCAGCCCAGAGGGCCUAACGGUGGAUGAACUUCUGCAGUCCUUUGAGGAAGUUACAGGGAAAAGCUUGAAUAUUGAAGAGUAUGGCUUUUCAAUCCAAACAUUUGUUGCCUUCCUGGCAAUGAAGUCCAACAUGACAUUCGACUCUCUGGGCGGAGGGCAAUUCUUGCUAAAGUGCUCAGAGUCCAGCGAGCAAGUGGCAUGUGUGAAGGCUGAAGCAGCUGGAUCGAUCAAGACUGCUGAUGCAACCAGAACUGAAGGAGGACCUGAAGAGACUGGCACAGCCCGGGCAACCGACGAAGGCCGGGCAACUGAAACAGCCCAGGAGACAGAAAGUGGGGGACCAACCAGUACUGUCUGGGACAAGUAUGGCAUUGGUGCUUAUAAAAAUGCAGAGAUGGCCAGGGAUGCAGAAACAGCUGAAAGCACCAAUUUUGAUGAACUCGAACAAAUAAUGAUGAAAGCAAUGAGCUCUCCAAUGCCUACAAUAGGGCGUGUCAACAGCCCCCCACUUUUUAUGUCCAAAAACCCAUAUCCACAGGUAGACAACCUGGAAGUAGGGAAACAAUAUGUUGUGUAUGUGUCACAAAUAUAUAAUGUACACCACUUCUACAUCCAAAGGAAAGGCACCAACGCCUUGGUUCGUCUGGAAGCACUCAUGAACAAGCUGGAGUCGGUGUACAAUGGACCCCAGUCCUGUGACUACGUCGUUGAUGACAAACUGGUGUAUGUGGGAAUGCCCUGUGCAGCGUCAUAUACCUACAAUGAAGGCAACUCAGAUUGGCACCGAGCAUUGGUGGUUUCCCUUGACUCUGACCCCAGCAUUUGCCAGGUGCUUUUUGUCGACUAUGGCACACUGACAGUGCUCUCAAGAACAGAGCUACGCCUUUUGAGGUAAGUUUUCAAAUUACAGGGGCAGUUAA